AUGGAAGCUGCGGCAAAGACGGUCGAGCUGUUGACGCAGCGCACAUUACCCGACAAACCCUACUACCUAUCCAACCACCCCGACUGGCGAUACCGCCCCCGCCCCGACGACCAUUUACGCCCAGAGGAGUGGCACUGUACACGCCUCCAGUACUCGACCUUGCUUGCCGAGGCCGAUCGCGGCGUCCUCCUCACGCGCCCCGACUACGAUAUGCGCGAGGAACCGCCCAAGCCUGUCUCGCGAGACGUUACCGCGCUUUCCAAGGCUGGCGGCGAAAAGAAGAAGCUGUCGCUGAGCGACUACAAGAACAAAAAGACGGCCGCCACGUCACCCUCGGAGCCGUCCAUCUCAAAGCUGCGAGAAACUGAGCGCGCUGGCGCAUCUGCAUCGACGUCCCCGGCUGGCUCUGGGGCACGGCUUUCUGAUGCCCGCAACAAUGCCGAAUCCAGAAGAUCACUCGAUGCGCGACCUAGCGAUGCGCGAAGGGAUCGUCCUAGGGAGUCUGACGGAAAGCCGCGUCCCAAAGAUUACAUUGCGGAUAUGAGCUUACCACCCAAACCGCCGCUGAAGAACUACCCGCUACCACCCCGACCACCAUCGCCUGGCAGCAAGAAGCGCGUCGCAGACCACGACGACGAUGCUAGACCACAAAAGCGGAGUCGACCCGAGAACACACGACCAAAGGAUGAUCGCCCAUCCCACCGUGACGACCCUGUUCGAAAGAGGGAUUCGUCACUCCACGGCCCUAGCAGCAGAGAUUCUCCGCUGCUGAAUGGCAAGAGCUCCAUCAAGGCUGGCUCAGCCCCGGGCAAGAGCGCGUCCCCAGCAGGUCGUCCUCGCGGUGACUCGGUAAACGGAACACAUUCUGGUACACUAAGCAAGCACACGCCUAAACAGGAAAGCCCCAACAAGUCUGUGGUUCCGCCUUUAUUAUCGCCACUGCGUCUAGGUCCAGGUUUCGACGACGAUUCACCAUCGAAGCAUGAUAAAAGAAGAUCUGGUGGCACGCCACCGCGGUCGAAGAAACCAGAGCACGCGGUGGAGGAGAAGAAGCGCAGGCCCAUGUUGACUCUGCCGCCACUUCUGUCACCAACGCUCCCAGCCAUAGUCGAAGCCGCCCUCCUACGCAGAAAGCAGGGUUCGCCCCAGCCAGAUGAGCGACCCAGGGAAAAGAGGGCAUUUGUAUCCAAACACAAGAAGAGCUCCUCGACGGACGAGAGCCAGGAUGAGGUGCCUCAGAAACGCCCGCGUCGUCUAAUGGUAACCUUGAAGGUUCCCAAGACGUCCCGCAAGUGGUUUCGACGGCUCAUGGCCCCGCCACCCAUUCGCGACCGCGAUUAUGACUCUGGUAGGCAAGACCAGGAGCGUUCUGCGGAUGAUGAUCGACAGCAUGCUCGAAAGCGUCCCGUUGCCGCACCUGAGCCUGAAUCUGUUACGAUGAAGAAGUCAAGGUCCUCCGACAUACCAAGCACCAGUCGUGGACCUACGACGCCACCGCGAAAGAGCCAAACGGCCAUGUCUCGUGUUAACUCGAAUAAGUCGACUGCCAACACACCCGGCGAAACGAUGACCCGGACGCCUUCAACUGGAACCGGCGACAAGCGGCUAAACGGCGUUGCCUCGGGGAAGACGGACGACAAUGAGAUCCGCACGAAGGAAGCUCGCAUGCGAGAACUGGCAACACGGCUCAAGCAUGAAGCCGACCCUUUGUUUCGCGGUGCUGCGCCCAACAGCCAGGACAGUCGGCCGCGGUCAUCCAGUGACGAUCGCUCCAGCCGAGAUCCCAAGCUCGGGAUGAUACUUGGUGUUGAGAGCAUCCUCACUUACAUGCAAUCCUUCCAGGCCCAGGAUAUGCGCUCGAUCAGGCGCGACAUGAAGCCUGACGGCAAAAAUUGGCAUGCCUUGCUCCAAAUCGCCAAGUUUUAUUGCCACGCGGCUCAGAACCAAAGGGAAUCGCAGCACGGCAGGCCGGCAUUUGCACUGCUUCUAAUUCUGCAGUGGGUUGUUGCAGACGAGGUCAUCAGGUGCAACUUACCAUUGGCGUCCGGCCCCGACCCGUUCAAGGCGGCGUGCCAAACGCGCAACCAGUUGCUGCGCGAGAUUCGCGACGCCUAUUCUCACGUGGACAAUCCUCGUCUGCGAGUCGAGUUUUCGCCCUGGUCGACCAUGGACGACAUCACCGAGACGAUGGUUGGUGUGAUGAAGCGGUGGUGCGCCGAGGAGGGUGUUAGCUGGCGCCCUACCCUGACCCCUCGCGACUAUGGGAGGUAG